GGUGUAAGGACUGCCCUUCAGGAGGCUGGGUGAAGACUGCCCUUCAGGAAGCUGAGCAGAGACGCGGGGUUGAAGACUGCCCUUCAGGAGGCUGAGCAGAGACGGGGGUAAAGACUGCCCUUCAGGAGGCUGAGCAGGGACGCGGGGUUGAAGACUGCCCUUCAGGAGGCUGAGCAGAGACGGGGGUAAAGACUGCCCUUCAGGAGGCUGAGCAGAGACGGGGGUGAAGACUGCCUGUCCUUCAGCGUUCGUGUGAAGAGGUGAAGUUACGGAACGGCCGUACGAGUACGGCUGGAUACGAGGGUGAAAAAACUCAUACCUGGAAACGCGCGAUAUAUAGUUGGGUAGAUAAGUGAUUCGAGCCGUAAAUAUAAACAGUGUCCAGUUUUUUACUGACAGUGACAGUAUUUAAGAAUCGUAUCUGGCUCUUAAAGGGCCAUUUUUGGCUUAGAGUCAAACCCGAGCGAUUCAGACCGAUCUUUCAUGUCGCUCUUGUUUAGAAAGAUUUUGCCCGAAGGGUCGACGUUGUUGUUGGAUUUUUUGGUCAGGUAAACUCGUCGCGUUUUUAUAUAUCGUUUAGUUUUCCAUAAACUACUCGACCGUUAGUAAUAAAGAGCUAGGUAAGCUGCCAAAUGUUUGAGCGGUUAAUAGCUCCCAGAGAUAGCUAGCUAUCGUAGCUAGCUUAGCUAACCAAGCGAAAUGGACUGUCACGACGGUCACCACAGAACUGACCCACAUCGAGGGAAUCGCUUAUAGCUAAAAUUAGCCAACAAAGCUUAGUCAGCCUGCUAGAUUCAGUAGCUCACUUAGAGACAGACUGUUUCAGUGCCAUGUUUUUGUGACCAAGCGAUGUCAGGACGGCGAGAUUUAACGUUUCGAGAGUUAGCUGUGUAGGUUGACGAAAUAAAUCCGGAUGAAAUGCAAGGUAGACUCGGUGGUGAAGUCUCUAAUAAUACGGCGUCAGUGCGGAAUCGUAGUGCUAGCCAGUGAGCUAGCUGCUUGAUCGGUUGCCCGAAGCUAAGUUGCGCUGCACUUCGGAGAAUCAAAGUCAACAUGGAGCAAAGCUGUUUGUAAAAGCUGGAAAUCAUGUACUCUCUGUUCACGAUCGUAUGCAAAAAUCCUGCCAUUGGACUGUUCCGAUCGGGCGAAUGAACGCGGACACUUGGCUGGAGAGAAGAGGAAAACGCACAUCUACGAAACUUGGAGCAAGUGGCCCGGUUCUACUUUGGGCGAUAAACGUUAAGGGUAUGGCCGUCUCGGGCCGUGUGUCGGUCCUGGCGUUAGGGCUGUUCGCCCAGCUGCUUCUCAGCCCGGUUGCUGCUGCUCAGGGUGAGGAGAUAGAGUGUGCGUUCACUGACCAGGACCAGCAGACGGACGAUCAUAGCGUGGCAGGUGAUCGGCGGGUGACACGGGAGAACAACACCAUCCUAUGCAGUAAGAGCAGCCGCUGCUAUGGCCUCUGGGAGAAAACCCACGACGGGGACAUUCGCCUCGUCAAACAAGGCUGCUGGACUUACACUAGUGACCAGCAGGAGUGCCCUGAUGACCGUUGCGAGACCACCGCUCAGUCACACAUCCAGAAUGGCACCUACCGCUUCUGUUGCUGCAGCACCAACAUGUGCAACGUCAACUUCACAGAGAACUGGGUGCCCAGUCCCACCAGUGCCACCAUCCUAGACCCGCAGACUCUCUCCUGGCAGGAGGCCAUCUUCAUCACCUUGGCGUCCGUCUCCAUAGUAGCCGUGCUCUUCGUGGCGCUCUUCUUCGGCUACCGCAUGCUGACAGGAGACCGCAAGCAGGGCCUGCACAAUAUGGACAUGAUGGAGGCGGCAGUGUCCGAGCCCUCUCUGGAUUUGGACAGCCUGAAGCUGCUCGAGCUGAUUGGUCGAGGGCGCUACGGUUCAGUGUACAAGGGCUCCCUGGACGAGCGUCCGGUGGCAGUGAAGGUCUUCAGCUACACAAACCGGCAGAACUUCGUCAACGAACGAGCCAUUUACCGAAUCCCCCUGCUGGAGCACGACAACAUAGCGCGCUUCAUCGUGGGCGACGAACGGCUGACUCCGGACGGGCGCAUGGAGUACCUGCUGGUGAUGGAGUACUACCCACACGGCUCCCUGUGCCGGUACCUGAGUCUGCAUGCUCUAGACUGGGUCAGCUGUUGCCGUCUUGCUCACUCUGUCACUAGAGGACUGGCCUACCUGCACACGGAGCUCCUGAGAGGAGAUUCUUAUAAGGCAGCAGUGUCACACCGGGACCUAAACAGCAGAAACGUUCUGGUUAAGAACGACGGCACGUGCGUGAUCAGCGAUUUCGGCUUGUCCAUGAAACUGACGGGGAACCGCCUUGUCCGGCCCGGAGAGGAGGAGAAUGCGGCCAUCAGUGAGGUGGGCACCAUCCGCUACAUGGCCCCGGAGGUGCUGGAGGGUGCGGUGAACCUGCGCGACUGCGAGUCUGCCCUGAAGCAGGUGGACAUGUAUGCCAUUGGCCUGAUCUACUGGGAGACCUUCAUGCGCUGCACAGACCUCUUCCCAGGCGAGACGGUUCCUGACUACCAGAUGGCGUUCCAGGCGGAGGUUGGGAACCACCCGUCCUUCGAGGAUAUGCAGGUGCUGGUGUCCCGGGAGAAGCAGAGACCCAAGUUCCCCGAAGCCUGGAAGGAGAACAGCCUGGCGGUGCGCUCUCUGAAGGAGACGAUGGAGGACUGUUGGGACCAGGACGCCGAGGCACGUCUGACGGCGCAGUGUGCGGAGGAGCGCAUGGCCGAGCUGCUCCUCAUCUGGGACAGGAGCAAGCCUGUCAGCCCCACGGUCAACCCCAUGAGCACAGCCCUUCAGAAUGAGAGGAACCUCACCCACAGUCGCAGGGUUCCAAAGAUGGGGCCUUACCCAGACUACUCCUCCUCCUCUUACAUUGAGGACCACGAGGGCAUGGUUAAGAACCUUCCUGGAGACAUGUCCACGUCAGGCACGUCCUCGGUGAGCGGCAUGGCCGGGAGUGGGGUGGGCACGGCCACAGGGGGCGCUGGAGAGAAGAACAGGAACUCCAUCAACUAUGAGAGGCAACAGGCCCAGGCCCGCCUCCCCAGCCCUGAGACCAGUGGAGCGAGUCUCUCGACUGCCGCCACCACCGCAGGACUCACCCCCAGCACAGUCAUGACCACCAUCUCCGAGUCGGGCCACUCUGAGGAGGCCACAGGUGGGGGUGGCGUCCCAGUCUGUCUGCAGCUCACUGAGGAGGACCUGGAGACCACGAAGCUGGACCCCAAGGAGGUGGACAAGAAUCUGAAGGAGAGCUCGGACGAGAACCUGAUGGAGCACUCGCAGAAGCAAUUCAGUGCCCCAGACCCACUGAGCUCAGGCAGCUCCAGUCUGCUCUACCCCUUCAUAAAGCUGGCAGCAGAGGUGACCGGAGGGGCGGGGCCAGGACCUCAGGCAGAGUUCGGGCAGGGCAGUGGGGGGAUGAGUGACACCCCACCGGCCAUGUUCCCCCUCCCCAAGCAGCAGAAUCUGCCCAAGAGACCGACCAGCCUUCCCCUAAACACCAAAAACCCCAGCAAAGAGCCCCCCUCCUCCCGGCUGAAGUUCGGCAAGCACAAGUCUAACCUGAAGCAGGUGGAGACGGGCGUCGCCAAGAUGAACACAGUGGUGGCCGGGGAGCCCCACCUGGUCACGCUCACAAACGGGCCGGUCGUGCGGAGCGGGGCAGCCGCGGUAAUGGUGAACGGCUCCGGCUCCUCGGGGCCGUUCGGGAACACGAACCCGGCUGGGCCGCAGGGCGAGGGCGGGGCGCCGCUGCUCCAGAGCCAGCUGAGCGGCGAGGACAGCCGCAUCAACAUCAACUCCAGCCCGGACGAACACGAGCCCCUGCUGCGGCGGGAGCAGCCCGCCGCCCGCGACCACGCUGGCCGCACCAACACUAACAACAACAACAGCAACGUCCGCGCCGGCAUCCCAGCCCCACCUGCCUCUCCGCCCGCUGUGACCGAGCCACCCCCAGCAGAGCCUCCUGCCCAGCCCACAGCGCCGCCUGUGAAUGGGGAUGCUCCCCUGAGACAGCCUAGGUCCAAGAGACCGGAGCGGCCCAACUCACUGGACCUGUCGAGCACCUCGCAGGACUCGGCUCUGUCAGGUGAAGGCUCAUGUCAGGAGGGCAAAGCCGCAUCAGGUGAGAAGAUAAAGAGACGCGUAAAGACACCUUACUCGUUGAAGCAGUGGCGCCCCUCUACAUGGGUCAUCUCCACAGAAACACUGCACGGAGAGGUCAACAACAACGGGUCAGGUGGAGGAGGGCAUGGGCCCUCGGGUGCCACCCGCUCCAAGUCCAGCACUGCCGUGUUCCUCGUCGGAGGGGGGACUGCCACCGCCACUCUUUCCUCUGGCCCACCUGGCAUGGCCUGCCUGUAAACUUUGACCUUUGAACUCUGCUGACAAAGGGCCACGAUCAGCUCGUCGAUACUGGAGGGUUUGCCAGCAUGUUAUCGUUUCCUAGGAUCCCAUCCGAAAUCAAGCGAGAGAAAGUUGAGAGGGGGGGAAAAAAAAAGGUUUUCGAGACGUAAUUUACAAGCACUUAACGUCAUGAUAUUUCUUGAACUUCUGACUUUCUUUGAAGAAAUUGCUUUAAACGGAACCCAGCUAUGCAGCAACAUUGGCUUACAAUGCUUCCAUCAUUUUUGUUGUUCCAUUUUAAAUCAAAGUAUGAUUGUAUGUAUGGUUGUCUGAUCAUUAUUUUCUUUUAUCUCUUGCACUUUUUUAGUAAUUUUAGUCACACAGUUAGUUUGUUUUCUUUGACCAUGUUUAUGGCUGGUCUUAAAAUCGAAAAAAAGAAAAAGAAAAUGACAAUGUGUUGAUUUAACAAUCAUGCUAGACUGCUCUUAUGGACAUGAAUGAAAUCUAGUCCAUAUAAAAAAGUCCAGUGAGAAAAGCAGUGGUCUCUAAGACACAUUUGACUGCAAUCGCAUCUGUUAUCCAUGUUUAUGCAUAGUACAUUCAUAUGUUAUGUUUCUGUUGUAUGUAAUACAACUGUGUAUCCCCCUUUUUUGUAUUACAUUUUGACAUGUGCAAUAGGCUUUAGCUUUGAGGUGCUUAAGACAUUUUUUAUGUUCUAUAUUUUUGCAGCUUUUUUAAAAUAUAAUAUUGUACACUAAAUGGUGCACUUACCAGCAACCAUGUGUCCACAGCCCCACCCCACUGGUAUUGUCAUGGAGGACAAUCCUGUACCUUUUCAAAGACCUGAGAAGGAAAAAUCAUUUUGAGCUGUUUUGGUUUGUUUGUUUGUUUUUUAUUUUUACUUUCGAGUGCUGGAGAGGCACAUGAACAAAGGAUGGGUCACAGCCUGCAAGCUUUAAGGACAGAGGAGACUUAGUUCUGUAACGGUCUGAAUCGAGUUCCACCUCAGACUGAUCUCUGGAAUAACAGUCUCUCUUCACAGACACUAGAACACAGCCGACUCGUUCCCUCCACUCUCGGCAGGGGGACUAUUGUGUUACGUACGCAGUGUUGAUCUGCAUGUGUCUGUGGGGAGUGAGCGCGUGUCCACAGUAACUGUCUAAUGCAAUGCUCUGUGUGUAUCUGCAGAAGGGUAAGUGAGAGUGCAACUUUACACUUGUGCAGAAGGCUCUCUGCUUCACUGAGCAUAGAUAUGUGAGAGUGGACGUCUAAGUGGCUUAGGUCAAGUGUUGCUGUCUGCAUUCCAUCGUCAAAAACAGCACCGUGAACCCCACAUAUGAACUUCUAAUGUAAUUUAUAUAUAAUACUCCAGCUACUCCUGUUCUCUUUCGGCCUCUGUUUUAUGAAAAUUAUAACAAAAAAGUAAUGUAAAAUGAUAAUUUGUGAUUUUAGUUGAAUGCAUCAGACAUCAAAGUAACGGUGCUGUUUUAGGGUCAGAGAGUUCUUUAGAUUUACUUAUGAGCACAAUCAUAAUGACAAAGGGAACCCGGCUCCAGAUCAGCACUCUUAAUAUUAUGGGUCUAUGCACCUGCAUUCUCUCUUACCUGUUACACCUGGACUGCUAAAUUUAAAUAUUUCUUUUUUUAUUUUCUUUUUUUAAUCUCCCUCUUUUUUACAUAGUGCCAAGAGCCAGAUUAUGUUUCUGGCAGAGUGUGUUUCGCUGAAUAAUUUCUGAAGCUGUUUUUAUUAUUAUUAUAAUGAAAUCAAUCAGUAAUAUGUUUAUAACUAUGUAAUACGGUCACCCUCCUGUCCCUUUUAAGUUUAUUAGCAGUUAAAGGGAUGCACUCAUUCAUCAGCGGGUUUUCUUCACUCACUAUGGUGCGUCUGGCCUUCAGUGUCAUUCAUGUCUAAGAGCAGUUUGAACAAAUGCUGCUAUAUCAUGCCUAUAAACGAAACAAAACCUCUUAAUGCCACUAGAGUCGGGCUUAUUCACAGUCACUGUUUCUCAUUUUUUAAAUAACCUCUACAUUCUGAAUGGACUGUGUAGUUAGAGGGCCGAUGAAGCGCCUGCCAGCUGAAUUUCCUUCCAUUAUACAAUGACUGCAUUCAGGGAUGAAUGCAUUUAGCUGAAGCUUCCAUCACUGUAAACUCCUGACCAGAGCCAUUCAAAUAACUAUAUACUGAUGCUCCAUGAUGGAAUCCCUGCAAGAUGCGGUACUGCAGGGCGAAGCUUUCCCUAAUAGAGACUUACUUACUUAAAAUACAUCCAUCAAGCACACUGUAUGCUUUGUGAGUUUCAGUUAUGUUGUUAGAAAAAAAUGAAGUCACUUGUCAAAUGCCACUUUUGACUAUUAAGAGUAGUAGUCAUGCUCUAUGCUCUGGAAAUUAUGGAGAAAAAUUCUGAAUUUUUAGCUUACUGAUUUCAAGAAAAGAAUCCUGUUAUUUCCUCCUAUCCAAAUUGUUGAUGCUGAAAUCUUACUCUUGUAUGUAUGUAAUAUAGGCUCAACAAUGCAGUAUAAAUCUAUCUGUAUAGAGUGCGACUGUGCACAUAUACAGAAGGCUCAACUGUUGCUGUGGGACCAAGAACAAUGCUCGAACACUGUGAUAUCUAUAUCUAGACAUGCCAGGCAGAUCUGAGUUACGUACAUUAUGUACACUCUGUUCAUCUCUGGAGCCACACAGAAGCAAAACCUUUGAAGCAACUUAAAUAUUACCCCUAAAAAAGACAAGUUACUAACUCCCAGUGAUGUAGCUUCCAGUGUUUUGGAGUUGACUGAUUUGAUGAUUUUGGGGAAAAGAUUUUUUGGCUGAAUAGUAAAGGAAUGUGGAAUUGUUUUGUUUUUUUGUUUGUUUGUUUUUUUGUUUUUGUUUUUGGUUGGGGUUUUUUGGGGGGGGGUGUUUUGUUUUGUCUGUUUGUUUGUUUUUUUGUUUUUUGUUUUGUUUUGUUUUUUUGAGUGAACUGACCUUCUGGCCUCCAAUAUUAAAUCAUGUCAAUGUUUACACCAGAAUCCACCUCUCUUACAACAUACUGCUGAACACUUAACAUUUCCAGUUAACCCUCUACAAUGCUGAUUAGGCUCAAACCCUCUUGAGCAGUUUUUUCUGGAUACAGAUCAAAUGUAUUGCUUUGGGGUACUUUCAGUGGAGAAUCACCCUUAACAGAGUUAUUGAGUCCACAGCUAGGCUAAGGUCUGUGUCUUUAACAACGUCCUUAUAUACGUUUAAUGCUCAGAGUCCUAUUAUGACAGCUCUCAAACUCUGCUGUACUCUAGAUUAAAAAGGCAGCUCUCAGUUACGAGGCUGUCACAGCUUGACCUCUAUAAUCAGUUAUAAAGAUUGAUGUGAAAGUAGUCCACGUUGCUAGUUCUGUAACGAACCCAUGUAGUCUUUUUUUAAUUAUACUGAGUCAUAUAAAUAUGAAUCUUGAUAUGCAAUUUAGUAAUAUAAAUCUAAUUAUGCAUUUCAAAAAUAUGCAUUUUCAGUCCCAGAAUUGCCAGAUCAACUGAAAGCAAAUGAAACAAGUAGAUUCCACAGUCUCUGCAGCCCUCUUCAAAUCCAAACACAAAUGCCAAAGUUGAAUUUAACAGGGCAAGCUGUUUGUGUGUGUGUGUGUGUGUGUGUGUGUGUGUGUGUGUGUGUGUGUGUGUGUGUGUGUGUGUGUGUGUGUGUGUGUUGAGAGAGAGAGAGUGAGAGAGAGAGCAACAGAGGGAGAGAAUGAAAGCGAAUGAAGCGUAUUUGUUCAUGAAGAUGGGCUGCUAUUUGUUUUCUUUUCAGGCCACACUGAAUUCACACUGAUGCUGAAGAGUCCAUUCAGACCUUGCAUAGAUUGUUGCUCAAAAAAGCCACUGAAAUGUUUUCUAUUACAGCUUGUAAAGUAAGCGCUAUGAUAAAAGAACAAAUGCUAACUACUCAAUUUAGUCUACUCAGAAAGAUAUAUGUUUAAAUACCACUUAGAAAUGAAGCUUGCUGUACAACCCUGCAUUACUCAAGUUGAUUAAAGAUUAUAUUAAUGAAAUCA